AUGCAUUACGUAUCAUUAGCUCUCUUUACUACAGGAUGGUCCACUCUGACGGCUGCCGCACCAUAUACCCACAAUCGCCAGGGUUGGAUUGACUUUGCCCCUGUCGCUCGCGGCCCGCGCAAAGAGGGAGCAGUUGCGGCAAUUGGUAACGACAUAUACCUACUUGGUGGCCAUAUAAAACCAACAGGCCAAGUCAUACCAGUCGUGGACUGGGUCGAAGUCUUCAAUGUUGAGAAGAACUCCUGGAGAAAUGCCUCAAGUUUGCCUGAGCCCUUAACACACCUCAACAGCAUCGGCGUUAAUGGACGUCUGUACGUACUAGGAGCCAUGGAAGUGGUGGAUUCAUUCUGGAACGGUACUCGGAAAAGCUGGGAGUACGACCCCAUCACGGACAAAUGGUCGGAUCUACCCCCUAUACCAGAUUAUCGGCUUUCAAUAUCGAAACUCGGACGUGGACCAGCUUGCCGGAUCUUCCCCGAGCCUCGUGAUCACUUCGGAGGAGCAAUCAAAGAUGGUGUAUUCUAUGUCACUGGAGGGAGGAGCAAGGGUGUACAGAAUGUCCACGACGAUACGUUUGCGCUGGACUUGAAGUCCGAAAACUCUACCUGGGUUACCAAAGCAAAGAUGCCAACGGCGCGCGGCGGGCAACUUACAUCUUCUGUGGGGAGUAUCGUGUAUACUUUUGGAGGGGAGAGCACAGUGCAGGUGACAGGAAAUGCGGUUGGUAUCUUUAACCAGACGGAGGCCUAUGAUACAGUCAAUGACGUUUGGUAUGAAAUCGACACUGUGCCUUUCCCGCGACAUGGGACCGGAGCGGUAUCCGUUGGAAACUGUAAUUUUAUUGUAGGAGGUGGAACUACUAGUGACAUAGUGGUAUCUACUCCCACAGAUGCGAACACAGCUUUCUGUGUUUAG